GGCUUAGGCAGUGAAAGCACCUGCCAGGUCGGACGGAGUGCCUGAGCCGCGCCGCCGCUGCCGCCCCCUCCCGCCGGGACCCGUUGCAGCCGCCAGCGCCCCCGACCCGAGGUAACCAUGUGUGACCGCAAGGCCGUAAUCAAAAAUGCGGACAUGUCGGAGGAGAUGCAGCAGGACUCCGUGGAGUGUGCCACCCAGGCCCUGGAGAAGUAUAACAUAGAGAAGGACAUAGCAGCCCAUAUCAAGAAGGAGUUUGACAAGAAGUAUAACCCCACCAGGCACUGCAUCGUGGGGAGGAACUUGGGCAGCUACGUGAGGCAUGAGACGGAGCACUUUAUCUACUUCUACCUGGGCCAGGCUGCCAUUCUCCUUUUCAAGUCUGGUUAGAGCAAGGCCUGGGCCUCCUGCCCCAGAGCCAUCCAAAUCACAAGGACUGCAGCCUAAAUUCCAAAUACCAGAGACUGAACUAGCUUCAGCAUCGCCAUGGGAACACCUCCAGCUUUAAGCCUUUACCGUGUUGUUGUACAAGGCAUCCUAUGUACUAGUUUGUUGUGGUUAUAAAACAAUUAGCAAAACAGCGCUUCCCUUGGUAUUUAUUUUCUAUUCCAUACUCUGCUCUUCUCAGGCCCCUCCAGGAAAAAUACAGCUCCUUUAAAAAAACAAAAACAGUAAUACUGUGAUGAUGAACAACUGUGAAAGCCUUGGAUUCUUUCAUCAAGACGAUGAUUCAAGACAAUUCCAAAGGACUCAUAAUGA